CCCUAAUCGGUAUAUUACCCUCUUCCUCUGCGAGUUUGCAGAACCUAUUCCCCACUUUCGGGCUCUCUUGUAUCUUGCCGCCGCUCGUCUCUACCGCCAAUCCGCCUCUUUGGUUUACUCUAAUUCGUAGCGUGCGAAAGAGCUCCAGAGUUUUUUAGAUCCGUGUUCUGUGAUCAACUUCGAGAGAGAGAAUGGCUUCUCGUUUCUGGACACAGGGUGGUGGCAGUGGUUCUGACUCUGAAGCGGAGGAGAGUGACUAUGAUGAAGAGAAUGACGAUAUUCAGGUUGAUCUUGGGUCUCAACAGAACAGAAGCAGAUAUUUGCAAGGGAAUGCCAGUGACAGUGAGGAUUCUGAGGACAAGAAGCGUACUGUCAGGUCGGCUAAAGAUAAGCGUUUUGAGGAGAUGUCUGCCACUGUCGAUCAAAUGAAAAAUGCAAUGAAGAUCAAUGACUGGGUAAGCCUACAGGAGAAUUUUGAUAAGAUCAAUAAGCAGCUUGAGAAAGUCAUGCGUGUUACUGAGUCUGAGAAAGUGCCGACUCUUUAUAUUAAAGCACUUGUGAUGCUAGAGGACUUUCUAAAUCAAGCCAUGGCCAAUAAGGAAGCUAAGAAAAAAAUGAGUACUAGCAAUGCUAAGGCCUUGAACUCAAUGAAACAGAAGCUAAAGAAGAACAAUAAGCAAUAUGAAGAGGUAAUUACCAAGUAUAGGGAAAAUCCUGAGGUUGAAGAAGAAGAAAAGGACGAUGAGUUGGAGACAGAGGAGGAGGAAGAUUCUGAUUCUGAAAUUGAGGAUCCUUCUAAAAUCAUGUCAGGUACAGAAGAUGAAGAGGAUGAGGAAGAAGGCCCAGAUGAUGAUCCAACGGGUCCCUGGCAGAAGAAGUUGAGCAAAAAAGAUAAGCUCAUGGAUAAGCAAUUUAUGAAGGAUCCUAGUGAGAUCACAUGGGACACCGUGAACAAGAAAUUUAAGGAAGUUGUGGCUGCUCGGGGUAGGAAGGGAACUGGAAGAUUUGAGCAGGUUGAGCAGCUUACAUUCUUAACAAAAGUUGCUAAGACCCCUGCACAAAAGCUUGAGAUUUUGUUCAGUGUUAUAUCUGCUCAAUUUGAUGUUAAUCCAGGUCUCAGUGGGCACAUGCCUAUCAGUGUGUGGAAGAAGUGUGUGCAAAACAUGCUUUCUAUAGUUGAUAUUCUUGUGCAGAAUUCUAACAUUGUUGUGGAUGAUAUGGUCGAACCUGAUGAGAAUGAAAGCCAGAAGCCAGCAGACUACAAGGGAACUAUUCGUGUUUGGGGUAACCUGGUUGCUUUUGUUGAGAAGAUUGAAACUGAGUUUUUUAAGAGUUUGCAGUGUAUUGAUCCACAUACACGUGAGUAUGUUGAAAGACUCAGAGAUGAGCCAAUGUUCAUGGUUCUUGCUCAGAAUGUCCAAGAAUAUUUGGAACGAGUUGGGGAUUACAAAGCAGCUUCCAAAGUUGCCCUGAGGCGUGUUGAGCAGAUCUAUUACAAACCACAAGAGGUUUAUGAUGCCAUGAGAAAGCUUGCAGAACUGUCUGAAGAUGGAGAUAGUGGAGAUGCAAGUGAGGAGGCUAAAGUGGUAGAAGAGAGUAGGGGCCCUGCUGCAUUUAUUGUCACUCCAGAGGUUGUACCUCGUAAACCCACCUUUCCCGAGAGUAGUAGGGCUUUUAUGGACAUUCUGGUGACCCUCAUAUACCAAUACGGAGAUGAGCGCACUAAAGCACGAGCUAUGCUCUGCGAUAUUUAUCAGCAUGCUCUCUUGGAUGAAUUUUAUAUUUCUCGUGACUUAUUACUGAUGAGUCACUUACAGGAUAGUAUCCAACACUUGGACAUUUCAACACAGAUCCUUUUCAACAGGGCAAUGGCUCAACUUGGUUUAUGUGGAUUUCGGGUAGGCCUGAUUAAUGAAGGACAUGGCUGCCUUUCAGAAUUAUAUUCUGGUGGAAGGGUGAAGGAAUUGCUUGCACAAGGUGUCUCGCAAAGCCGAUAUCAUGAAAAGACUCCAGAACAGGAAAGACUUGAAAGAAGAAGGCAGAUGCCAUACCACAUGCACAUAAAUCUUGAGCUCCUGGAGGCUGUGCAUUUAAUAUGUGCUAUGCUGCUGGAAGUACCCAACAUGGCAGGCAAUGUUCACGAUGCAAAGCGCAAGGUUAUUAGUAAGAACUUUAGACGCUUACUUGAGGUGAGUGAGCGACAAACUUUUACUGGUCCUCCUGAGAAUGUCAGAGAUCAUGUAAUGGCUGCAACCCGUGCCCUUCGUAAGGGCGACUUCCAGAAGGCUUUUGAUGUCAUUGCAUCUCUAGAUGUAUGGAAACUACUUAGGAAUCGCGAAGAAGUUCUUGAAAUGGUUAAGGGAAAGAUCAAGGAGGAGGCUCUGAGGACUUACCUUCUCACGUACUCUUCGUCUUAUGAUUCUCUGAGUUCAGAACAACUCACCCGAAUGUUCGACCUUGCAGAGGGUCAAACACACAGUAUUGUGAGCAAGAUGAUGAUCAAUGAGGAGCUCCAUGCAAGUUGGGAUCAGCCAAGUGGGUGCGUCAUCUUCCACGACGUUACACACACCCGAUUACAGGGCCUGGCAUUCCAAUUGGCAGAUAAGUUGUCAAUCCUUGCUGAAACCAAUGAGAGGGCAGUUGAGGCAAGAAUAGGUGGAGGAUUAGAUUUGCCCAUGAGGCGAAGAGACAACCAAGAAUAUGCUGCUGGAGGAGCAGCAGGUGGGAAUAACAGGUGGCCAGAUAACAUGUCUUAUAAUCAAGGAAGGCAAGGUGGUAUUAGUUCGCGUGCAGGAUAUGGAGGUCGAGGCCAAGGUGGGGGCGGCGGAUAUUCUAGAGACCGGACGGGUCAGUCCCGAGGAGGAAACGCUGGAUACCAAAGCACCCGUUAUCAAGAUGCUGCUGCGUAUGGAUCGGGGAGGACUGCUUAUCAGUCUGGGUCGGUCCGAGGAUCCCAGAUGGAUACUUCAGCUCGGAUGGUCAGUCUGAACAAAGGGGUUCAUGCUUAAGCAGAAACAUUCAGAGUGUUAAUUGCUGUGUGAGGAUCGAACUUUGCCAGUAACUUUCAAUUUAAUAGCUUAUUGUCUGUUUAUGAACUGAGAUCCUAUUUAUCAACGUUUCCUAAGGAGAUUUUGUAUCCCUUUUUUUGUUGUUGUUAAACCUGAUGAGUAUAUUCGGGCGUUGGUUCUAAUGAGCUUCUAUUUUGAACUA